GUGCAAGAUGCCUUCAUGACUUACACUGUGUAUGAUGACACUAUCACCAUUAAUCUCAUCCAAGAGGCCUGCAAAGUUCUGGGUGUCUCCAUGGAAACCGUCCUGAAGCUCUUUGGAGAAUACUUCUUUAAGUUCUGCAAGAUGUCUGGCUAUGACCGGAUGCUGCGCACGCUGGGUGGCAACCUCACAGAGUUCAUCGAGAACCUGGACGCCCUGCACAGCUACCUCGCACUCUCCUACCAGGAGAUGAAUGCACCCUCAUUUCGCGUGGAAAGAAGAGCAGAUGGGGAGAUGCUUCUUCAUUACUACUCAGACAGAAGUGGUCUAUGCCACAUAGUACCAGGAAUCAUUGAGGCAGUGGCCAAAGAUUUCUUUAACAUAGAUGUGACCAUGGACAUCCUUGACAUGAGUAAGGAAGAGGAGAGAACCGGAAAGAAGGAGCAUGUUGUAUUUCUAGUUUUACAGAAGUCUCACAGACAGAUAACAAAGGCAAAGCGCAAUAGUCAAGACAUCCAGAGAGACCGAGAGGCCCUGGAGGCAGCCUUCCUUAGAAUGAAGGAGAAAUAUCUGAGUGUCUCUCUUUGUCCCAUAAAGAAGUCCCGCUGGGAAAUUAUAAGAAGCAUCGUCAUGUUUGGCAAAGGGCACCUCGUGAACACCUUCGUGCCCAUUUAUCCUGAGCGGCUUUGGAUAGAGGAGAAGACUUUCUGCAAUGCCUUUCCCUUCCAUAUUGUGUUUGAUGAAUCACUGAGGGUCAGACAAGCUGGGGUGAAUAUCCAGAAGUAUGUCCCAGGACUCCAAACACAGAAAAUUCGACUCGAUGAAUAUUUCUCCAUUGUUCAUCCUCAAGUGACCUUCAACAUUUUAAGCAUCUGCAAAUUCAUCAACAGUCAAUUUGUCCUGAAGACUCGGAGAGAAAUGAUGCCUGAAGCGUGGAGGAACCAGCCCACGCUCAAGCUCCGAGGCCAGAUGAUCUGGAUGGAGUCCACGCGGUGCAUGAUCUACAUGUGCUCGCCCAAGCUCCGCAGUCUGCAGGAACUGGAGGAACGCAAGAUGCACCUCUCUGACAUCGCUCCCCACGACACCACCAGGGACCUCAUCCUUCUAAAUCAGCAGCGCCUGGCUGAGAUCGAGCUGUCCAAUCAGCUGGAGAGGAAGAAGGAGGAGCUGCGCAUCCUCUCCAAGCACUUGGCCAUAGAAAAGAAGAAGACCGAGAUCUUGCUUUACGCUAUGCUGCCGCAACACGUGGCCAACCAACUGAAAGAGGGUAAAAAAGUUGCUGCAGGAGAAUUCAAAACCUGCACAAUACUUUUCAGUGAUGUUGUGACAUUUACUAACAUCUGUGCAGCCUGUGAACCCAUCCAGAUAGUGAAUAUGCUUAAUUCAAUGUACUCCAAGUUUGACAGACUAACCAGCGUCCAUGACGUCUACAAAGUGGAAACUAUAGGAGAUGCCUAUAUGGUAGUAGGGGGUGUGCCUGUGCCUAUUGGAAGCCAUGCUCUGAGAGUGGCUAAUUUUGCCUUGGGGAUGAGAAUUUCUGCAAAAGAAGUGAUAAAUCCUGUUACUGGAGAACCCAUUCAGAUCAGAGUGGGGAUCCACACAGGACCGGUGUUAGCAGGUGUCGUUGGGGACAAGAUGCCACGGUACUGCUUGUUUGGAGACACUGUGAACACAGCUUCUAGAAUGGAAAGUCAUGGUCUUCCUGACAAAGUGCACCUCAGCCCAACGGCCUACAGUGCUCUGGAAAACCAAGGGUUUGAGAUCAUUGAAAGGGGUGAGAUUGAAGUGAAAGGGAAAGGGAAAAUGAAUACAUACUUUCUGAUCCAGAACCUGAAUGCCUCGGAGGAUGAGAUCAUGGGCCGAGCACCAUCUGUGCUGGCUGACAAGGAGGGCAAUGCUCAGGGAAGCCAGAAGGGCAAGCCUGUGGCCAUCAUGAGGUAUGCAGAUAACCCGGAGCCACUUCCCCAGACGGAGGCUGCGGAUGCUCCUGAUGAACCAGCAGCAGCUGAGGGGAGUGCGGAGACCAGUCAGGGCAUCACAGAGGCGGCUGAGGACCCCGGACCAUGGCCUUCCCCUCAGACAAAGACACACCCCUUUCCUCAGGACCCUCUGCCUUCCAACUUUUGUGCUUUGCUGUAG